UGAACUAACAGAAGGACAAACUCAAAAAUCAGUUGGUGGCAAAAAAAUCAUCCACCAUAGCUCACAAUGCCUUCUACUCAGUUCUUCCAGUUUUUCUCCUACAUUCCAAUCACUUCUUCCUUAAACAAAAAUAAUGCCCAAAAUCCUUCAUUUCCCACCUACAAAACGACAGAAUUCACACUCUCAUCAGACUCAAAUUCCCAAUCAAAUGCCCCCAUUAAAAUGCCAACAGCUCCAUGGAUGAAUGGUCCUCUCCUUCUCCAACCCCAUGAAGUUCUUAACCUUUCAAAAUCCAGAAAAAAUAACCCUUCAAAGAAAGCUCAAAUUGAAAAAUCUGAUAAGGCUUUAACGGCUAAAGAAAGUGGGGUGAGAGGGAAUAAAGCAAUGAAAAAUAUUAUCAAAACCAUUGAAAAACUGCAAAAGGAUGAAGCUUUAGAGAACACCCAGUUCAAUUCUGAGGUUUUUGAGAAAACCCAAGUGAGAAAUUCUGAGGGUUUUGAGAUUGUGGACAAAUUGGCUCAAAUUGGAGGCAAUGGGGAUAGAAAAAAGCUACAACCUUGGGAAAGUGAAGAGAAAAUUCCAGUGAAACUUGAGGCUUUUGAGAUGGUAAAAAAGCCGAGUCAGAGUGAUGGAGAUGGAGAGUUUAGAAAGAUGCAACCUUGGGAGAAGGAGGACAAGUUUGUGUAUUGGAGAAUGAAGAAGGAGAAGGUUGUUACUAAGGCUGAGUUGAGUCUUGAUAAGGAGUUGCUUGAGAAAUUGAGAAGUGAGGCUGCAGAAAUGAGGACAUGGGUGAAGGUGAUGAAAGCUGGGGUGACACAGAGUGUAGUUGAUCGGAUAAGACUUGCUUGGAAUACAAAUGAGCUUGCAAUGGUUAAGUUUCAUCUUCCUUUGAGCAGAAAUAUGGAUAGGGCAAGAGACAUUUUGGAGAUGAAGACUGGGGGCUUGGUUGUUUGGACUAGGAAAGAUAUCCAUGUUAUCUACAGAGGAUGUAAUUUGUUUUCAGAAAAAAGUUCCGGCGUAAGUACCGUGAAUGAAAAAAUUGGCAGCAAGGAUGGAGAAGAGGAGUAUCUAUCGACCAGCGUCUUUAUAAAAGAUGCUGAUAAAGAACAAAUUAAUGGUUCUUUGUUUGAGAGAGAAGUUGAUAGGUUAUUGGAUGGCCUGGGACCUCGUUAUGUUGACUGGUGGAUGCGUAAGCCUUUGCCAGUAGAUGGAGAUUCACUUCCGGAAGUGGUUGCAGGUUUUACGACUCCAUUUAGGUUUCAAUAUGGUAGAUCCAAGCUGUGGGAUAACGAAUUGACGUACUUGAGGAAGUUGGCUCGUGCUCAACCUACUCAUUUUGUCCUUGGGAGGAACAGAAGACUUCAAGGAUUGGCUGCUGCUAUCUUAAAACUAUGGCAAAAGAGUCUUAUAGCUAAGAUUGCUGUGAAGUGGGGAAUUCCAAAUUCUGACAAUGAGCAAAUGGCAAAUGAGCUAAAGCAUCUUACAGGAGGAGUUCUGCUACUUCGAAAUAAGUACUUUAUUAUUCUCUUUAGAGGCAAAGACUUUCUUCCUUGCCAAAUUGCAAGUUUGGUAGAGGACAGAGAAGAUGAGCUUAAAAGCUGCCAGCUCAAUGAAGAAGCUGCUCGGCUGAAAGCAACUGAAAGUGAAACAUGUGUUUUGAAUAAUGAAUUCAUGGCAACCACUAGCAAACUUGGAACUUUAAAUGAAUAUCAGGAUAUACAAGUCAAAUUUAAGGAGCUUGAACAGGAAAAUAGGGACUCUAAACUUCAGUUAGAAGCUAAAAGGGAAAAAUUAGAGAAGGAACUCAGGAUCCAAGAAUACAAGCUUCUUAUUCUUCAAAGAAAGAUAGAGAAGGCAGCUCGGGAGUUGUCUAAGUUGAAUGCUGCAUGGGCACCAGCUGAGCAGGAUGCCGACCUCGAAAUGAUGACAGAAGAAGAGAGAGAAUGCCUAAGAAAAAUAGGUUUGAAGAUGCAUAGCAGCUUAUUGCUUGGUAGGCGUGGGGUCUUUGAUGGUGUUAUAGAAGGUUUACAUCAGCACUGGAAACACCGGGAAGUGGUCAAGGUCAUAUCUAUGCAGAAAAUGUUUGCACAGGUCAUUCGUACUGCCAAGUUUCUUGAAGCAGAAAGUGAUGGCAUUUUGGUAUCAGUAAACAAGCUAAAAGAAGGUCAUGCAAUAAUUAUUUAUCGUGGAAAAAAUUACAGACGUCCUCCAAAGCUUCUCAAUAAUCUUCUAACUAAAAGAGAAGCAUUGCGGAGAUCUCUUGAAAUGCAGAGGAUUGGAUCAUUGAAGUUUUUCGCAUAUCAGAGGCAAUACGCGAUCAGAGAAUUAAAAUUCGAAUUGGCACAGCUUCAGGGAUCUGAGGAAAGAAUUCUGAAAAAAUUAUAAACUACAAUUGGAUCCUUAUGAUUAACAGAGAAGUGGCGAGUGGGUCAAUCUUUUUUCUUCACUUUCCUAACAAUUCAUGACAAGCUACUGUUUUCAGUCAAAUUGUAACCUAAACCCAUAGUCUUUGACUAUAACCAAAUCAGUUAACUCGUUUCUAGACCUUGUAGACCACAUUGAUAUCAGUUAAGAUGCUGUUACCGCACAUUCUCAAGCAACCACCAAUUGAAGCUGCAACGAAUGACUCAUCAAAGUAGUUUCUGGUGGUGCUGGUGCUAAUUGUAGCAGAAUUGAACCAACCGACUUCUACAGAGCUUUGGAAUGGAAGAGCUAUUAUAAUAUGUAUCAUGAGAAGGUUGACUGCCUGAGUUAUAAAUAAAUGCAAUAAAGGGGAUAUUAACAAAGCUUUCUGGGAAAUUUGUCUACAAAUCUGCUAUGCGAUUAUCAGACUCCUUCUAAUGUCAAUUUUAGGAAUUUACUUUCCAUCAGGGCGAUUCUUUCACAAACUCAGUAAAGCUGGCUAACUGCUGACAAAUGACAUCCACCAUUUCAAAAG